AUGUGCAGGGCCCUGCAAGGAUGUUUUAACAACUCCAGCACAUCUACCUUCCGGGUGCUUCGUGCUCUGCACACAAGGGUGCCCUCUGCAUCCUCCAAGGUGACCAACAGCUAUGUCCAGGGAUCCUUAGACACUCCCCUUCUCACCAAAACUGUGGGCCAGUGCCUGGAAGAGACUGCCCAGCGAUUUCCCAACCGUGAAGCCGUGAUCUUCUGCCGAGAUGGGGUUCGGAAGACGUUUGCUCAGCUCAAAGAGGAGGUGGACCAAGCAGCAGCUGGACUUCUGGCUCUUGGCCUGAAGAAGGGAGACCGGCUGGGGGUGUGGGGCCCAAAUAAAUAUGAGUGGGUUCUCAUGCAAUUUGCAACUGCCCAGGCAGGAAUCAUCCUGGUAUCUGUGAACCCAGCCUACCAGGCCCAGGAGCUGGAGUUUGUCCUGAGGAAGGUUGGUUGCAGGGCACUGGUGUUUCCCACCCAGUUUAAAACACAGAGGUAUUAUGACAUUCUAAAGGAAUUAUGUCCCGAGCUGGAGAAAUCCAGUCCAGGGGGAGUAAAGAGCAAAAGGCUACCUGACUUGUCCAUUGUUAUCACAGUGGACUCCAAGCUGCCCGGCACCUUCCACAUGGAUGAAGUGAUGCAGGCUGGGGACAGCAGCCACAUGAAGCAGCUGAGGGUCCUGCAGGGGAUGCAGUCCAACACUGACCCCAUCAACAUCCAGUUCACUUCAGGGACAACAGGAAGCCCCAAAGGAGCCACCCUCUCUCACAGGAACAUCGUGAAUAACGCCAACCUGAUCGGCCAGAGGCUGGGGAUCACAGGGCAGGACUAUCGCUGUGUCAUGCCUGCCCCCCUCUACCACUGCCUGGGCUCAGUGGGAGGCUCCAUGGUGAUGGCCCUGCACGGGUCCUCCUGCUUCUUCUCAUCCCCCAGCUUCGAGGCGAGGGCCGCACUGGACGCGGUGUCAAGAGAGAGAUGCUCCUUUCUUUUUGGCACACCAACCAUGUACAUAGACAUGCUGUCCCAGCCGGACUUUGACUCCUACAACCUGUCAAGCCUCAGGGGAGGAGUCAUUGCAGGUUCUCCUGUUCCCCCUGAGAUCAUGAAGACAGUUAUGACCAAAAUGCACAUGCCAGAGAUGGUGGUCGCCUAUGGGACCACAGAAAACAGCCCUGUCACCUUCAUGGGCUUCCCCAAUGACAGCAUCACCAGGAAAACUGAGACAGUGGGACACAUCUUUCCCCACACAGAGGCAAAAAUUGAGGAUCCAAAUACAGGGAAGCCUGUGCCCCUGAACACUCCUGGGGAGCUUCUGAUCCGUGGCUACUGUGUCAUGCUGGGCUACUGGGAUGACCCUGCCAAGACGAGGGAAGCAGUCACUGCAGACAAGUGGUACAAGACAGGGGACCUUGCCAGCUUGGAUGAAGAUGGCUACUGCAAAAUUAUAGGCCGUUGCAAGGACAUGGUUAUUCGGGGAGGAGAGAACAUCUACCCAGCAGAAAUCGAGCAGUUUCUCCACACCCACCCCAAGGUGGAGGAGGUCCAGGUGGUUGGUGUGAAGGACACACGGAUGGGAGAAGAGAUCUGCGCCUGCAUCCGAGUGAGGGCUGGCCAGGACUGCACAGAGGAAGAGAUUAAAGCUUUCUGCAAAGGCAAGAUCUCCCAUUUCAAGAUCCCACGGUAUGUUGUGUUUGUGGCUCAGUACCCACUCACUGUCUCAGGCAAGAUUCAGAAAUAUAAGUUGAGGGAGCAGAUGGAGAAGCAUCUUCAGCUUUGAUCUCAGGAAGUUAGGACCAAAAAGGGGAUAAA